UUUUGUGCUGUAAACUUAACCUUAUAAAUAAGAGGUCCGCGACCAUCACAACAGACAAUCACGCAGUCGGUGGUAAUACAAGCAGAAAUUCCGUCACCGCAUUUCUUCUGACACCUUGUAAUUCGCACUAUCUUCCAAAUCUCGAGCUUAUGUACCUAGUUACUUUUAUCGCACUGAAGCAAGCUGCAAAGUGAAACUUAUGACGACGAAUAGUGCGAUUCAUAAUUCAGUUAUAAAGCUUGUUUCACCAAUUCAUUCCGAUUGAUUUAGAAGUAAUUCCUCAAAGUUUUAUUUCUCGCAAUGACUGUAACUUUUCGGAUAUCAAUACCAGCAAUCAGUGAGACAAUAGGCGUCGUAGAUGCCGAAGAAUUUGCAAAUCAUCUAAUCUAGCGGAUAUAAGGCUUUUGAAAAACAAGAUAUCAACCUAAAAAUCUCACGCACUCAGUGUAGUAAGUAACAAGUACUCCGCGCAUCAGCUCAUCUCCGCUAGCAUGGAUAUCAGCAAACCGUUGAAAGUGGUCAGUGUGUUUCCAAAACGGCGCCAGGAUUUGCUUCGCUGGGACGGUUGGGGUUACAAGGACUGCAAAUUUGUGUGCGAAAAUGAUUUUGUCUCGUUCGUUGGAAACCGUUAUCCUAUUAGCGGACGGAUGGAGAAUUUCAGUGACUGGGCACGGGAAUUGUUUAACGUUAAUGUAGCGGAUUAUAAUCCGAUCGCCGUACAGCCGACUGAGUUUCCGGAAGUGGUCGGAAAUAAAGCAUUUCUGGUGGGUUUAUCGGAAGCUGGAAUUGACUACUCCCAGGAUGGUAUGGAUCGGCUGGUUAGAAGUCAUGGUCAAACUUUAACCGAUGUGGAAAAUCUGCGGAAACAUACGUACAAAAGAAUUCCAGAUGUGGUAAUUUGGCCUAAUUGUCACAACCAAGUUGUGCAAAUCGUGGAGUUGGCGAACGCUAACGAUGUUGUUCUGAUUCCUGUUGGUGGUAACACAUCGGUGUCGUUGGCGUCGACAACUCCGGCUAUUUACGAUCGCACGAUCGCUGCGGUGGACAUGACGCAAAUGAAUCGGUUAAUGUGGUUGUCCGGGGAAAACUUGACGGCUUGCUUCGAGGUAGGAAUUGCUGGGCAGGACAUUGAGCGGGAGCUGGGAAAGCUAGGAUUUACACUAGGGCACGAACCAGACUCGCAUGAGUUUUCCACCCUUGGCGGAUGGAUCGCGACAAGAGCAUCCGGGAUGAAAAAGAAUCGGUAUGGCAACAUCGAGGAUAUUGUCGUGCGAGUGAAGAUGGUCACCGGUAAUGGUGUGUUGGAGAAAAAAUUCACAGCUCCACGGGUAUCGAUAGGACCGGAUUUCGAUCAUGUGAUUUUCGGUUCCGAGGGUACGUACGGAAUAGUGACGGAAGCGGUGGUAAAAAUUCGGAAUAUUCCCGAGGUGCGUCGAUACGAAUCGUUGGUUUUCUCCGAUUUCGAUACUGGAGUGCAAUUUCUGAGAGAAGUUACGGAACAACAAUUGCAGGCUCCGAGUAUGCGUUUGAUCGAUAAUAUUCAAUUUAAGUGCGCAGUACUGUUAGAUCCUGUGGCAAGUUGGUAUACUGCGUUUGUGAAUAAGUUGAAACAUUUUUAUCUGACGACCGUUUGUGGCUUCAAUAUGGAGCGCAUAGUGGCGGUUACACUGCUCUUCGAAGGAGAUGCAAAAAGUGUGGCGCACCAUGAACGAGAAGUGUACGCGAUCGCGAAAAAAUAUGGUGCUAUCAAGGGUGGUGAACACAACGGGAAGAAAGGGUACAUGUUGACCUUCGUGGUGGCUUACAUUCGGGACUUCGCAUGGGACAUGAACAUCGUCGGGGAAUCGUUCGAGACAUCCAUCGCCUGGGACAAGUGCAUUUCCCUCUGCGCUAACGUCAAAGCGUGCAUAAGGCGCGAAUGUGAACGCCGGGGAAUUAAGUACUUUGCCGUGUCCAGUCGGGUUACGCAAAGUUACGAUGCCGGUUGCUGCGUCUACUUUUACCUGUUGUUCAAACACCUGGAUAUCCCGGAAGACUCGCUGAAACUGUUCAUGGAGAUCGAGGAAAUCGCCCGGGAAGAGAUCCUAGCCUGCGGGGGAACACUAUCGCAUCAUCACGGUGUCGGCAAACUGCGUAGUAAGUGGUAUCCGGAGUGUGUCUCGCCAGUUGGUGUCGGUCUGUACAAAGCCGUCAAGAAAGAGCUCGACCCGAAAAACAUUUUCGCUGCCGGAAAUCUAGUUCGAGAAGAACACCAACCAAAAGAAGAUAAACCUUAAACGUUGAAGCUUCUACUACUUAAAACGGAUUCGGUACUCUGCGAGGGGUUUCGUUUGAACGUCCUGAUGACAGAGGCUACUGGAAUUUAAGUAUUCACCGUUAGAGCUGUCGUCUUAGCUUUUGAGGUUUAGGGUUUUUUCUUUGGCUGAAGUAAAGAGUAACGGUGACUAGCAAUUUUCUGUCUUGCUUGUGUAGCAAACUCAGUACGUUCCCAAAGGCUGUAAUGUACUUAAAGUCGAAAUCACUUGAAUUGAAAUGAAGUUAAAGCCCAACCACGAUAACCAAUAGCGAUAUUGGUUUUAAUACUGAUUCUAAGCUGCGUUAUAGUUUAUAAAUAUUCAAACGGUUCUGUAAAUAGUUGUAACGGAUAGGUGAAAGAAGACCUUAUUGUGAGAUUUUUACAGCAAUAGCGAAAAUGCAUAACGAAUGACACUAAAAUCUGCACAAACGAGUUGUAACACCUACACUUUCCUCUCAUCUGGUCCCUUGAAUGUAUUCUUUAACUGGGUGAGAAGCAAUACAAAAACAUAGUAUGAAUAAGAGGUGUCAGUGUGCUAUUUUUUCGGGAUCUUGAUAAAAAAUAACUUGAAUAUUCAAACACAGUCUCGAAAUACCAAAGGAAAAUAGAUAAUAUAGAAAUUUUU